AUGAAAGCCAAUACUGGAUUUACCUACCUCCUCGUCCUCUUCGCGGUCACUGGCAUCUGCUUAUCCUAUCUUGCAAAUAAUGCGAUGACAUUUUCGCACACGAGUGACGGAGACAUUGGUAUCUACGGCAUCCAGCCAUUCGUACCCCGAUUCCAUGAAACCAACGUCUACAUAGUGACCGUGGGAGGGGUUGGGCACCGCACAAGGCACUCUAUUUAUGCCAACAACCCAACGGAUUCUGUUGCAUAUGUCAGAUUGCUAGUGGACGGGCGUCAGUUCCUCCGCACAUUGCCUCCGAGGUUCCGCUCUGUCCCGCUCUUCCGAUUACCGGUACGAAAUAGGCCUGAAGUUCGGGCGGAGUACGCCUUUCAUGAUGUAGUUCGCGCGGAUCAGUACACCCAUCAGCACAAGACUGAUAUAGCUGGAGCCCCAGCCGACUCCGAUGCGAAAUAG